AAGGCGGCGGCGGGCACCGGAGGGGGUUCGGUGCGAUGGCGGCUCCGCGCCGGCCGAGCGGCGGGGGGCUGCGGCGGGCCCCGCAGGACGGGCGGCUGGAGGAGAUCAACAAGGAGUUUCUCUGUGACCCAAAGUUCAGUGAUGAAGAAGAUCUGGAGGAGAAGUUGGCAGUGUUCAAAGAGAAGUACAUGGAGUUUGACCUGAACAACCAAGGAGAGAUUGACCUGAUGUCUGUCAAAAGGAUGAUGGAGAAGAUGGGAGCCCCGAAGACCCACCUGGAGCUGAAGAAGAUGAUCUCCGAGGUGACUGGAGGGGUUAGUGAGACCAUCUCCUACCAGGACUUCGUCAACGUGAUGCUGGGGAAGCGCUCUGCAGUGCUCAAACUGGUGAUGAUGUUUGAAGGCAAAGCCAACGAGAACAACCCAAAACCUUCUGGCCCACCUCCAGAGAGAGACAUCUCCAGCCUGCCCUGAGGGGGCCAGCUGAGCCACUGGCACGGUUUGCUUUGCUGCUCUGUAGCGGAGGUUUCCUGUGCUUUGUUACUCUUUCCCGUGGACAGUCUCAGUUCUCACUAACCUGCCUUAGAGGAACACCAAGGGAAGCUGGAGCCCCCCAGCUGGUGGCUGUCUGCUCUGCUGCAGCCCUUAGCUGACUCCACUUGUUAGAAGCUGUAGCACCAAUUGCAGUGAGACCCCCAAAAAGCAACCCUGUGAUCCUGCUCUUUCCUCUGCCUCUCCUGCACCUCCCAGGCCAGGAGCUGCUUUCCGGCCAGUGGAUGGACUGGGAGCUGUGCCUGUCCCAGCAGGCUCCCAAAGGGCCUUGCUGCCAGCCACGGAGUGUUUCUAUGGCAAAGCCCCCGACAGCAGCUUCCUGGGUGCAAACAACCAAGUGCCUUCUCUGCUCUGCCCUGCACUCCUGACUCUGGACUAGCUCUUCCCCUCCUGACCUCACCAAAACAGCAGCUGGGCUCUCAGCUUUGUGGCCUCGGUGUGUGCUAGGUGAACGUGGGCAGGGAGCUCUGCCUGCAGGAGCUGAGUGUGGAGGUGGACCUGGCUGCCUGCAGGGAUAGCUCUGGCUGCUCCCUGGGGGCAUCCUGCAGACAGACUUUGGUGGGUCCAACACCAUCCUCUGCAAGUGAGGAUGGCUAAAACCACCUUAGGUGGUUAAAGCCACCUUGGGGGCCUCCUUCCUGACCUGGAUCCAGUGAGGAGCAUCACCUCUGAACAGUUCUGUUCAGCAGAUUAGACCUCCCUGUGGCCUCUGGGGACAGCUGCAUCAGCCAGGACCCCCUCAGGGCUUCCAGGAGAACCCCAUGGGCUUAGAUCUGUCCAUUGAGUGCAGAAAGAAGCCUGCUGUGAUGCCUCUGAAGCCCUUGGGGGAGCCUAGGAGAUGUCAAACCCCCAGCUGAAGAGGAGCUGGGUGACUAAACUGAGCCCUGCCAGAGCAGUUUGCAGAGCAUCUCUCCUCAGACAGCUGCUCUGUCCCUCUGAGUUCUGCAGCCCUCCUGGCAUGUUUCAGCGUGGUCCUCUGAGGCUAUUGAAGUUUCCCUGGUGGAGAAGCCCUCAGGUUUGCAACAGGAGAAUGGCUCCAAGCAUGGGUGUGAGCUGGGAUCCAACUGCAGCCAGAGCUGUGCUAGCCAUGCUCUUGCUGUGGUGGUUCUUGCUCCACACAACUUCUGGAAUCCAGAUGUUUGCUCUUUGCCCUCUCCCCCUGCUCUUUUCUUACAUGUUCUUGACAGCUUUUUAACUUCUUUUAAUCAUGGUUUAAUAAGCUUUUAAAGGAGAUACAGCUGAUUAACUCCACUGGUUGUUCCUGCCAAAGGCUGCACUUCUACAUAACAGAACCAGAAGCAUUCCAACUACUGUUUGCAUGAAAACCAAAACUGUAAUGGAAGAGAGAGGAAAAAAAAGCUCAGCAGCAGCAGCAGUCUGCUUUCAGGACUGAAAAUAAACCUUCUGAAGCUACA